AUGAAACCUUCUGCUGGGAUCCGCCCUCAUGAUGAAGUCGCGGCAUCGAACAUACGAAAGAUAACACAGUCAAGCAGCAGCCCCAACAACCUAAAGAGUUCUUCCAGCAGCGUCCAGUCAUCCAGAAAUGGUGAAUCAUCAAACAGGCAUCUGUUCUCUUCCUAUAGAGCCACAUGGUCUAAGCCGUUCCCUACUAUCGCAAUGAUGAUCAGGCCGCCAAGACCUGCUGGAACUACAACGCAAUACAGGCACCUCAACAGCUGGAUGGGUCCUGAGAUGUUUGGGCGAAGCCCUGUAAUCAGCGCAAGUGGUUUUGGUGGAUUGCUAAGGAAGGAUGUAAUGCAGUAUCUACUGCAAAACUGA